GCUCGCGCCAUAGUUUUGUCAAGAUAGCAAGAUGCGCGGCAGUUAUUGUUCUUAGAACGCAGGUGAAAGUGAUUUUCUUCAAAUUUGCGGUUGGUUUUCUUUCUCGGUGUAGAUCGCUUCUCGGCUAAGCUGUGGCCGACGCGGGCGCAUAUUUUCCGCUCCCCUUUGGCCUGUCACGCAGGCGCGUGGGCACACCACGAAAAAAACCCUGUGAAGACCCCCCGCAUCGUGCGGCUAUUCCGAAAAGCAGUGUAGAACGGUUGUGAGCGGAUCUCAGUCCUUCAAACUAACUUUUUACAGCAAUAUCUCUGGCCUCUUGUAGCUCGGGCAGUGUGGUUUAUCGGCGUGCGUCUCUUUUCUGUGUGUGAUAGGUGCUUCCGCAGUUUACUCAAGAUGAAAUUCUCCCUCUUGACACUGGGUGCCCUCGCCCUCGCUGCCCAGCAAACCUCUGCCGUGGCAGCCGACAACACACUAGAGUCCGCUCAGCAGGCCAAAGAUACCACUUGCUCGAAGAACAAAUCGCUGAGCUUCAACAUUACGCAAGCUGGUGAAUUUAUCCUCUUCACUUGCGGUGAAGACGUCCCCACCCUGGACCCGGCGUUCAACGCCAGCACUCCGGAAAUGUUCGAGGGAGACAACCGCGUCAAAAUUCGCGAUUUCCUCCCCGGUGCGACACUAGAAAAUGUCACGACGGCGGAUGCUGCCACGGCAACUCUGGUUGCAAGUGCUACCGCGGCAAAGUACAACUUUACAGUCCCCAGUUUGCCCAGCGACGAUCACAGCCUUCAUGUCUACUGCCGAAAAGACGCUUCCAAAACUCGAGAGGAAGAAAAGAAUGAAUGCAAAGUCACCUUCCACAUCGCUUCCUCGGCUGUCCGCCCCGUCAUGGCCGCGAGCGCCGUCGCGGGAGUCGUUGCAUCUCUGUUGCACUUCGCGUAAACUUCUCAUUUACCGCCACUAAGGUCCCGUGCUUGUUUAAGUCCGAUACUUUUACUGAAGUGGAGUUCACCUCUCAGUGUUUGCGUCGGUAUUCAACUGUACAUCCAUUGGUGGGUGUCCAGUCGCCACACCAUGCCACGCC